AUGGAAUCCAUUGUUAAUUGCCAGCUCUUGAGGUAUCUAGAGGGCCACCAGCUGAUUAGCGAUUAUCAGUACGGCUUUCGUCGUGGUCGUUCGGCUGGUGACCUUCUUGUAUACCUUACACAUAGAUGGGCAGAGGCAAUUGAGUCCAAGGGGGAGGCGCUAGCGGUUAGUUUGGACAUAUCGAAAGCCUUCGAUCGGGUGUGGCACAGAGCACUGCUCUCGAAGCUUCCAGCCUAUGGGCUUACCGAGAAAUUACGCAAUUGGAUCUCCAGCUUUCUGGCCGAUCGGAGCAUCAAGGUCGUCAUCGACGGAGCAUGUUCCGACCUAAAACCCGUAAACGCUGGGGUCCCACAAGGCUGUGUUCUAUCCCCGACCCUAUUUCUUCUGCAUAUCAAUGAUAUGUUGAAACUUAGCAACAUUCAUUGCUAUGCGGAUGACAGUACUGGAGAUACUUUUUACACUGGCCGGGCAGGUAUUUCUCGGGCAGUUGUUGAUGAGUACCGGAACAAACUUGUGUCUGAAGUUGAAACUCUACUUCGUGGAGUCUCAGAUUGGGGCAGACAAAACCUAGUCCAAUUUAACCCCAAGAAGACACAAGUUUGCGCGUUUUCCGCUAAAAAAACACCCUUUGUCGCUACUCCUCUUUUCGAAAACACUCUUCUUAAAGCCACAGCCAGCAUUGGAAUACUUGGCGUUGACAUAUCGAGCGACGUUCAGUUUCGCGGUCACUUGGAGGGAAAGGCUAAAUUAGCCUCAAAAAAGCUUGGUGUGCUCAGUAAGGCGAGACGGUACUUCACUCCGGGCCACCGCAUGCAACUAUAUAAAGCGCAAAUUCGGCCCCACAUGGAGUACUGCUCUCACCUCUGGGCGGGGGCUCCCCAGUACCAGCUCCUUCCACUUGACCGUAUACAACGCAGAGCGGUUCGAAUCGUUGACGACCAAUCCCUCUCCGAGCGGCUUGAUCCUUUGGCGUUGCGUAGAGAUGUGGGGUCACUCUGCAUCUUCUACCGCAUUUACCAUGGAGAGUGUUCAGAGGAGUUGUUCGGAUUAAUACCUGCAGCUGAGUUUCAUCAUCGGACGUCGAGGCAGAAUACGAAAUUCCACCCGUAUCACCUCGACGUCCGACGUUCCACAACUGAGCGUUUCUCAAGGCAGUUUUUGCCGCGCACCACCACUAUGUGGAACCAGCUGCCCACUGAAGUAUUCCCGAACCAAUUCGACUUAGGGUCCUUCAAGAAAAGAGCGUACCAAUUUUUAAAAGGCCGGCAACGCACUCGCGAGCCCUCUGGCAUUGAGAGUGUCCAUGGGCGGCGGUAUCACUUAACAUCAGAAAAAAAGGUCUUGUCGCUGAUACCUCAGAACGCCACGAGCAGUAGAGAAUACUGGCAACCUGCAAAGAGAAUAUCACACAAAACUGCUGGCCACCACUAG